UAUUAUCUUCCUUCACUAACACCAGUGAAGGAAAAAGGCUGGGGAAAAAGUAUUUCAUAAUGGCUUACUGUUGGGCCUUAAUGUUUGUUGGUAUUUUAUAUCAAAAUGCUUGGGCCAACCCUAUGGAAAACGAAGGCUUAUUUGAAGGUGAUAUUGCUGGUAUCGACCCUUAUGCAUUAACGGAUCGAAAUGCUGUUGUUGAUCCUGCAGAGUUAUGGCCAGAUGGUGUUGUUUAUUAUGAAAUUGACUGGAAAUUAAGAGACGUAAAGGACAUAAUACAGGAAGCUAUUGAUGAGUACGAAUCCAAGACUUGCCUCAGAUUUAAAAAAAGAACAGCAACAACCAAAGAUUACAUCAAAAUGACGAUUGUCUCUGGUUGUUGGUCAUCUGUCGGACGUAAAGGAGGAGAACAGGAGUUAUCUUUGAGCGAAGGAUGCCAUGACAAAGUAUCUGCUGUCCAUGAACUUGGACAUGCCAUCGGACUUUGGCAUGAACACAGCAGAUCUGACAGAGAUGAUUACUUAGAAAUUUUGUGGGGAAAUAUUAAACCAGGUUCCGAGCACAACUUUUUGAAAUUGAAACCCUGGGAGAAUAAUCUGUUGGGAGAGAAGCUUGAUUACAAGUCCAUCAUGUUGUACGGAGAAUACGCAUUUGCCAAAGACCGAAAAUCAAUGACAAUGAGGCCACGAGAAGAAGGUGCCGUCAUUGGACUUAUCAAUAACAAACCUGGACUCAGUGAUAGCGAUGUUAGACGAAUCAACCGAUUGUAUGAGUGCAACGGAGAAAAACGACCACCACCCCCUGAAGUGCCCGAUUUCAAAUGUGAUUUUGAAACUGACAUGUGUGACAUGGUUAAUGCUGAAAACAAUGGAAAGGCAGAAUGGAGAAUAGAGAAAGGAACAUUAGGAGGCCGAGACGGUAGCUAUGUUUAUGUGAAGGCUUCUGAAGCCUCUUACCGAAAAGUGCGCUUAAUCACACCAUUUUUUGGUGCCUUUGGUCGGAAGAAAGGUUGUUUCAAGUUUGAUGUCUACUUCAAUGGAGGUGGUGUUGUUUCCUUGGAUGUAUCAGUGCACAACAUCAAUACUUCCAACCUUGUUGUGAAGCACGUGGACAAAAAGGACGAGUGGCAAAGUGUACAAAUCAACGUAAAUCUAGAAGGAGAUGUGAAAUUUUCCUUAGAUGCCAAAACUCGGAAAUCUGAUGGAGAAGGAAUCAUCGCCUUAGAUAACAUCGUAUACCAACUGAGAGAAUGUUAAGAAAAAGAACGUCUUAAAACAAAAUGUUCGAAAAUAAAAUCUAAAAAUAUA